AUGACCAUUCUAGCAUCUGCUUUUGAAAAGAACUCUUCAGAUGGUGAAGUUAAGUGUCUCAUGGCUCAUAAUGUUGAAUCUCAUGCUAACACUUCACAUGACAGUGUUGGGAUCCUUAACGAUGAUUCUCCUCACACUGUUGAUAACCUCAGGUCAAAACGGGACGAUGCAUCAGCAUAUCAGAUAAAAAAUCAUGUUAAUCUUUCCUCUAUUGAUAAUAUCGAAAAUAAGGACAUGAUCCAUCUCCUACGUUUCAAUUUAUUGAUAUCAAAUAAAAGAAAAUCUCCUCUCAGUCUUGAGUUAAAGAUUCUCAAAGAAAAACUCAUUGCUCUAGAAAAAUCUCUUUCUGUUUUAAAAAGGGAAAACACUUGUAUCUCGCUUACCAAUAAUUUUCUUCACACUGAAAAAGUAAAAUUUGUUGACCAUGCUAAUCACACUCAGCUUAUUUUGAAGUUCUGGGCAUCCUUUCACUUUAAUGUCACAAUAAUCUUUAAUGCUCAGAUUCCAUAUUAG